AUUAACGUACAGAUAAUAUGCAAUCACCAGGAUAAAAUAACUGAUAUCGUAGCGAAAUAUCCUGGUAGCAGCCAUGAUAGCUUCAUUAUGAGGAACAGUGCGAUUUGUCAUCGGUUUCAGCGAGGAGAAUUCGGUAACAACGUUUUGAUAGGCGACAGUGGUUAUUUUCGUGCACCAUACUUGGCCAUUCCGUUUUCGAGGAGAGCGGCAUUAUCAGUCGAGCAGCAAUUAUUUAAUACCGCAUUGACAAAAACUAGAAGCAAAGUUGAACGAUGCAUCGGAUUGUGGAAAUGCAGAUUCAGAUCAAUGCAUAAAUCGGGAGGCGACUUAUGCUACGAGCCAGCAAAAGUUUGCAAAUUGAUCACUGCCAGCGUCGUUUUGCAUAAUUACUGUGUAAAUUUCGGAAUUCCCUUGUUGGAUGAAGAUGAGCAUCAGUUAGAACUUAUUAUUCACGGUCUGGCUGAAGAUGAGUUGGAUUAGCCUAAUUAGUUUAGUGGUGGUUGUAAGUAAGUUUUAUACUAGUGUACACAUGUGAAAAUUUACGUAUUUGUUAUUCGUGUAUUUAAUCUUGGACCAAAUUUUAAGUACAUACAAAGUAAAACCUGAAAAACAAUUUCUCAUAUUAACGCAAACAAAACUAUUGAUAAGUCUUCUGCAUUUCGAGUUAUUUAUGUGAUGACUCAAAUGAGAAUGUGAGCGGUGGUGGUUUUGAAUUGCAAGUCGGCCAAAUCCCUGAAAUAACGUCGAACAACAACAGGGUCGUCCAAGAGGAAGUAGUUAUCGCCGUGUUGGAUAAGAUUUUACAGAAUAUGUCUCUCGAUAAGUUCAAUUAAUAGUUAAACUAAUUAAAUUAACAGCUCUUUACUAUCCUGA